AUGGAGUCAACGGGCUCUGACACUCCCAGCCACCCGACGCAAAACGGCCAUGUCGCUGCCCGCGAGGCUUCCACCGCCCGUGAUCACCAGAUAGUUCCACCGUACUGGUCGGGGCUCAAGCGGCGUGAUUCUGGCGGUAGCGACGCCUCGCUCGCCUCCGACAGGCCCGCUCCCAUCCGCCUCGAGGACCACACCGUCGAGGGCUCCGACCAGAACAGAGCCCUCUGGGCCAAGAACGUCACCAUCGACGACCAUGUCAUCGUCUCCGGCAACGUCCCCGGCAUGGGCGACUACGUCGUCUGGAACUGCACCGUGCAGACCCUCGAUGGCGGGCCCAUGAAGAUCAGGAAGCGGUACUCCGAGUUUGACGACCUGCGACGCCGCCUCGCCCAAACAUUCCCACAUGCCGAAUCGUCAAUGCCUCAACUCCCUCCGAAGAGCGUAAUCUCCCGCUUCCGCCCCCGCUUCUUGGAAAGGCGGAGGGAAGGACUUGCAUACUUCCUCAAUUGUGUCCUUCUCAACCCGGAGUUUUCCUCGUCUCCUGUUCUCAAGGAGUUUCUUUUCUCUUAA